AUGGCUCUACGACCGAUAUUGCGGGCAUCGGCAGCAGGCCGUUUUGCAUCUAGGGCUUCCAUUCUCGGCUCCUACAUCUCACCUUACAGCCCUGCUGGCAGUGCCGGCGCUCAAUGGCCCUCCCUCUCAACGCCAGCUCUGCGGUCCCAAGCCACUUCUGCUGCUGCUCUCGCCACCCGAGCGCGGCUCUUCUCUUCUCACACAGUCACAAAUGAGGCCGAUCCCAACUCCCCGUCCACUGGAGCGGCCAAGGGGGACGCAAGUACAGCGCAACAGGUACAGAACGGCGAUGACCAAGAGGAAGAGCCCUGGUACCUCCAGGAGGAGCCUCCCAGGCAUCCCUCCCUCGUUCAGCACAUUGAACCACUACCAGAGGUUCCAAAUAACGUCCCCUUGAUCCUGCACGACCUUGUCAAGCACGCUGCCGAGGACUUGGGCUUGGGGGAUCUGAAUCUAUUGGAUUUGCGGACCUUGGAUCCUCCCGCUGCGCUUGGGCCGAAUCUCAUCAUGCUCUUUGGUACUGCCCGCACUGAGCGCCACCUGCACGUCUCUGGUCGCCAAAUGAGAGCGUGGCUGCGCAGGAGGGGCAUACAAGCCCAUGCGGAUGGUCUUUUAGGCAACAAUGAACUCAAGAUCAAGAUGCGCCGCAAGCAAAGAAAGGCAAAACUGCUCGGCACCGCUGCGACGCCGAUGGGAGGAGUUGACGAUGGCGUCACGACACGCUGGGUCUGCAUGAAUCUGGGCACAAUUGCCUCCGAAUCCCAGCAGCCAGUCGAAUUCGAAACCGCGACCGGCUUUGGCACUACGCAGGAUGGCACCACCAUUGUGGUCCAGAUGUUCACCGAGUCCAAACGAAAAGAGCUGGAUCUCGAGCUUCUCUGGUCCCGCAUUCUCGCUCGCAGGGGUGACGACAAUCUAAUUGUCGACGAUCUGGAAUACGCCGCGGCUGACACUCACCCCGACGAAUUGUCUUUGUUCACCGAGGGAGGCUCGCCCAAGGUCUUCGCAACACCAUCUCAGCGCCGCUUCUUCUCAACUUCGCCUAGGCGGCUGAAUCAGGUAACUGACCCGCCAACCAGCGACUCGAUCAUCAACAAUGUUAACACUACCUUAGACCCUGCGAUUUUCGUAGCUACCAAGGUGGCGGAACUGGAGCGACUGCAGGCACAGUUCGCUGGCUAUUCGUAUGAGGAAGCGCUUCAGGCACUGGAGCACUCCGAUGCUGGAUGGCAUUCGGCAUACAUGGACGCCUGGAACAAAGCAAUUCAACGCCUGCGUCCUGAACAAAGCUGGCAAUUUCGAUUGUGGUUGUGCGUAGCAGGUCGUCAGGUCGGGGUGCGACAUUUUGACCUAGCCCACCUGCGAGAGCUCGUGCAUGAGAUGGAGCUCCUAGGCAUCAUCUGCCAUCGCGGUCACUACAUUGAGGUGCUUCAAGUCAUCUACUUAGAACCCGCUGACAGUGCGGUGUUGCUUUCAGAGCAGUCGAAACUCGCUCUCGAAGUGUUGAAUGUCAUGUACGAGCGUGGCGAGCCAAUCAUUGCAACAGAUGUCAUCGUGUCGCUCAUUGAAUCGCUAGCCCGGACAGCAUCUCAAGACGAACAGACCCAUGAGCUCCAAACUGUUCUGGAAAAGUUCUUGCUUCAGGCCGAUUUGCCGUACAUGGGCGAAGAUGCCAUCGUGCGGCUGCUGAAUGCAUAUGCUGCGCAGGAUAAUUGGACACGGUUCUGGGAGAUCUGGCGUAUGCCGCCCAAAUUUCAACAGCCACGGUCAAAGCAGCUUUACCUCUACUUAUGGACAACUAUUGCCUCGACAAACCACCAGAAGCGGUGUCAAGAGGCCAUCCGGUGGUGUUUCCACGAAAUGCUGAACGAAGCACCCCCUGUCAAGCCCGACAUGGAGGUCAAAGAUGCUCUUGAGGCGUGCUUAAAGGUCGCAGACCCUGAGGCCGAACAGAUCGCCAGGAACCUCAUCGUUAAAGACCAUCGAACCAAGAUGCUUUCCAUGUACGAGUUCGUCAUGAUCUACCGAUUGCUGAACCCGGAUUGGGUUACGCAGCAGGCCUAG